AACGGGCCCUCAGCGGGAGAACCCCUCCCAACUACAGCAAAGUAAUAUUUACCUCCCGUGUCCUUGCGUCCUCAUGUGAGACUGCACAGUUUGGGUUUCUUGCACCAUAUACUUUAAUUUUUCUCAACUUAGACCUGUUGUCCUCAUUCGUUACCCAUUGUAUCGCCAUCUUGUGGUAAGAAAGGCGCAUUACAUGUGUUCAUUUAAAUCCAAGAUGGCGUCCAUCUCAGCCACAAUGUACAGCAAUUUAGGAGGACGUAGGGACCAUGUCAUAUCUUACAUUGUCUAUGUGAAGGUGUAAAAGUAAUGACACAUGGUGUGGGAAGAUUUAAAUAUAAACAGUUGUUGCAUGUUGUACACAUUAGUCUACAUCAGGGGUGUCAAUCUGUGGUUCUCGGGGCCCGGGGCCCCUGCUGGUUUUCCAACUCUCCCUGCUGAUGGCCUUGAACGGGUGUGUCAGGUGGUCUCUGUCUAACUGCAGUAACUGCAGUCAUCAUUUUUAUCACAAACAAAUAAAGUUAGCACAUUUUGCCAAGUUCUGGCAUAGUUUUGUUCUGUGUCAAACACCAGUAUUUGUACUAUCCAUCCAUCGGUGGAUCGUGGGAGGAAGCUGGAGAACCCACGCGAACACGGGGAGAACAUGCAAACUCCGCACAGAAGGUCACCCAGUCGACCCCGGGAACCCUCGCUGUGAGUCUGCAAAAAAGGUUAAGGCAAACAAGAAGGCGGGGUGACUGACACAUGUUUCCAAUGAUCAGGAGCUCGCUGCCUGUCAUCAGUCUGAGCUCCCACACAGCGUUGGGCAACAUGGAGCCGUGGGCCGUCCUGCUGCUCGCUCUGCUCGCUGAGGGCUUUGCUGAGAAUGAGUCCUGCAUGAAUCGCUGUGAGAACGGUUUUGACUCUCUGAAGCCGUGCCAGUGUGACUCCAUGUGCAAAUAUUACAAGAGCUGCUGCUCGGACUACGAGGUCUUCUGUGGCAGGACCACUCGCGGGGACACGUUCGCGUUGGCAGAAGACGACGAUGAUUAUGAGGAAGGGGUGGAAGGUCCCACCGCAUCUGCCCCACGCUCGGCGCCGUCCGGCUCCAGAGACGGCCAUCGCUCCAUCCCAGACCUCGCUCACGGACCAGAACAUCAGACAGAAUCCGAGCUGGAGUUGACCAAACCUGUAAAACAGAUCACACGCAUUUUGGACACAGUCCCACCAACAAAAAGAGGUCCCACCACAGCUGAACCCAUGACGACCAGGGCACCAGUGGAGACGACCACCGUUCCCAUCACAACAGCCGCCACUGAAGCCCCUGAUCCAGAUGCUGAGGUCUGCAGCGGGAGGCCCUUCGAUUCCUUCACGCAGCUGAAGAACGGCUCCAUAUAUGCCUUCAGAGGCAAGUAUUUUUUUGAACUGGACCAGAAGUCGGUGUCUCCCGGUUACCCGAAGCUCAUUGAGGACGUGUGGGGAAUCAGUGGACCCAUCGACGCAGCGUUCACCCGCGUCAACUGCCAAGGGAAGACGUACAUCUUCAAGGGAAACAAGUACUGGAGGUUCGAUAAUGGCGUCCUGGACGGUGAGUACCCGCGGGACAUCAGCGUCGGCUUCGACGGGAUUCCUGAUGACGUGGACGCAGCGUUCGCUCUCCCUGCCGCAGGUCACCGUGGAAAGGAAAAAGUCUACUUCUUCAAAGGGGAGCAGUACUACACGUACGAGUUCCUGCACCAGCCGACCCAUGAGGAGUGCGUCAGCAUGUCUGAGAGGUCUCCGUCCACGCUGUUCAGGCGCUACACUGACGUCUACUACAGCAACUACGAGCCUGUCUUCAGGGACCUCUUCUCUGACUUGCCUCAGCAUCAGGACCGUCACCACUACAUCGAUAAAGACUGGAGGGGCAUCAGGCCUCCUGUGGACGCCGUCAUGGCCGGAAGGAUCUACAUCAGUCCUUGGAGGUCCUCACGUCGCCGCAAUGACUACCAACCGGACCAGCAGUGGAACCAGCAGCAGAACCAGCAGCAGAACCAGCAGUGGGACCAGCAGUGGAAUCAGCAGCAGAACCAGCAGUGGAACCAGCAGUGGGGUCGCAGGAGGCAAAGCCGCUCACCCUUCUGGGGCUCCGCGGCUGAGCAGGGCAUGAACGUGGGUCAGGAGUUGGCCAAGAGGGGCAUGGACAUGGGUCUGAGGUUGGCAGAGAGAAGAAUGGAGAUGGAGGAGAGGCUCAGACGAGACUGGGACAGAAGGCGGGACCAAGACUGGGACCAGGACAGGAGGAGAGAUCGAUACAGGCAGAACAGCAGGGGGAACGAGGACUCGUACUGGGACCUGCCACAGAGGAGUCUGCCCAUACAGAGCGUCUACUUCUUUAAAGGAGACAAAUACUACAGAGUGGACCUCAGGACCAAGAGAGUUGACCAGGCCAUGCCUCCAUAUCCCAGAUCCAUCGCCAAAUACUGGCUCGGCUGCUCAAACUCCACCGGAGCGGAGAAGUAGCGUCACAUAACUUGAGUGUUUUAUUCUUAUAAUGAAAUGUACAUAAAGCAUGAUAAUUACGUGUUUCUUUCCCUCAGACUUGUGUUCUUUAACAUGCUCACACACGGUGAUAAAGUCCAUCCAAUUAUUGUCAUGACCAAAGUCCAGAUACUGUAAACGAGUAUUGCAACUUUAGUUACGAGUUACUUCAUCUGUUCACUGAACAUGACGGUACAAAAGGUUGAUUUCAUGACUCAGCAGUUUGACAGACGGAGCUGAGGGUCUACGUUUCAGUCACAUAUAAAUACUUUUUUAACUUUUUUCACAGCUUGUCAUUUCCUAGGGUUGUGUUAUAGUAUUUAAGGAGUUUGUGACACUGCAGCCAUUCAAAGACUCAGUCGACAAAAUGCUGUCUGUGUAAAAACAUGUUUAUGGUUUUUGAUGGAGGAUAAUGCGACACUGACAGACGCCUACAGGACUGCAUCAACCUAAAUCUGUUACAGCUUGUUCCUGCCUUAGGUUGUUUGUCCUCCUCUUCCUGAUACAAGCCAGACGCUUGUUAGUGACUGACUUUGUGUUUAAAGACAGCUCUCCAGGCUCCAUGUCUGCUUUUUUCCUUCUCGCACAAUAAGCAGGGACUUCAAAUAAAAAUAAAUUAAAAACA